AUGUUUUUCAAGUAAGAAAUUGUAUAUAGUUAGCUUUGCUCGUUUUUUCACUUAGCAAUAACAAUUAGAUAGUUUGUUAGCUAAUCCUGAUUGUGAUUUAGAAACGAUUUUAUCAACUGAAGGUAUAUUGCAAGAAAUAAAAGGAUUAGGAGCUACAAAAUUUGCUGAUCAGUAUUAAUUUAAGCAUAUUAAUUAGUGUCAUAAAGCAUCCUGAAAUGUAUUAAAAAAUGAUUGAUUACAUAAUAUAAUUUGAAGAUGAACUUAUUGAUAAGAAAACUCAAAUUUAGUAAUUUAUUAAUUAUACUUUUAGAUUCCCCUUUCUUACAAGUGAAAUUUUAGGUAGUUAAAAUUAGAAAUUAAUUGAUUAUCUAUUUGAAUGUCCUGAAGAGGAAAUUUAAUUUGAAAAUUAAUAAAUACGCUAAGGAUUAUACAACUAACUGUUGUCUUUCUUGGAGAAUGAUAUUCUAAAUGUUACUUCAGCAGGAUAUUUUGCAAAAGCAUUCAUAGCAAUAAUUAAAAAGAGAGGUUUUGAUGUAUGAUAUUUUUAAAUAAUUAGGUUUGGGAAACAAUUAUUAACAACAAAACAAUUCUUUCAAAUUUAAUAAAACAUAUAGAUAUAAAGCAUAUAGCAGAAAUAAUUGAAAAAUUAAUAAUUUUAGAUACAUCAUAAGAAAAUUAUGAAGAGAAAUUCUUUGAAGAAAGAAAAUAAUUAUUAGAAAGAAUAAUUAAAUUAUUAUAAUAUAAAUCUUAUAAUACAGAAAUAGUUGAUAAUGUUUGUGAUAUAUUAAUUGAAAUUACAACUAAGAGUAUGAGUUCUCUAUAUUAUAAUAAUGGAGAAAUAAUUCCUUUUAUUGAUAUAAUCAAGAAACCUGAAUUAUUUUUUAAAAUUGCAUUGUAAACAUAACGUAUAGGACCUUAUCAAUUAUUAAUUAAUUUAGUAGAGAUGCAAUCAAAAGAAACUAAAAAAGAAGAUGAUGAUGAAGUUGUUCAUAAUUUAGAAAAAGAUUAUUCAAUUUUUGAAUCAAUCUUAUCUGAAUUACCUUAAAAUCUCUUAAAUUAAGAUUAUCAUACAAGUAAUUUUAUUAAUUCUAAUCGAAUUUCCAUUCAACCUUUUGGAUUAGCAAGAAUGAAUUUGCUAAAAUUAAUUUAAGUUCUUGUUCAGUAAUUUAAUUAUUAAUAUAUUUAUAAGAACCAAUGAUUAUAAAAUUAUCAAGAUUUUAAUAGACUCAAGACUUAUUCAAGCAUUAUAGAUUAUUAUUAUUAAGUAUGAAUCAAAUAAUCAAAUCCAUGCAUGUUGUGAUAAAAUACUAAGGGCAAUUAUCGAUCUUAAUUAAGAUGAUUUCACUCUAGAUGUAAAGUAUUUUUAAUUCUUUCAAUAGGUUUUUGAAAAUAAUAAUCUUUUAAAUUAUAUUGUUUAAAAUCAUAAUACUGAAAAUACAAAAAAAGGAUUUAUUGGAUUUAUGACAUAAAUAUCUAAUUAUUUAGAAGAAAAAAGUAAAUAAAAUAAUAAAAUUUAAAAAUUACUUAGAAUGAGUAUUAAUUUAUUAUUAAUAAUAGAUGAAUAAUGGUAAUCAUUUACAGAAAAUAUCUUAAAUAAUGUUAAUUCAAUAGAGAAACCUUAUUUAUGUAAUGCCAAUCCAAGACCAAGUUAAGAACCUGAUGUUCUUGAUGAAUAAGAAACUGACAAUAUCUUGAACAUUCUAAGAGUAUUUAUUAUUAAUUAAUAAUAUUUUUAGAAAUUUAAUAAUAAUUUUUAGAAGAAUGAUAAAAAUAUAGGAAAUAAUGAAAAUGGAGAGGAAGUCUAAAGAAAUACAGAAGUGUUGAAUGAAUUUGAAUAAGAUUAAUAGGAGGAUAAUGCUUAAGAAGAGGAAAUUUAAGAAGAAUAAGAUCAAUAAAAUGAUGAUGAUUAGAAUGAUGAUUAAGUUAGAUAGGAAUAUAAUUAGAAUAAUUUCUGGAAAUUAGAUGUUAAUGAUAAAUAAGCUUAAGAAUUGUUGGAUAAUUUUGAAUGA